AUGUCAUGGGCCACUCAAAUUCCCGAGGAAUUAACUAUAAUUCCUCGUGGUCUUGUUUGUAUAGCUAAUUUAGAUGUUCGUCAUGAUGCUGUUCAUCGUGCUAUAUGGGAUUUAUUUGAUAGUCGAAAAGAGUCGAGUACAUCUGUAUUACGGUAUAAAUUAGUUGAUAUCAAUGAACAAUAUCCUCAUUGUAAAGCAAAGCGUGCCACUUAUGAAUGGUACGUGCCAAAAGGUGUUAUCAAAACAAAUUGGAUGAAUAAACAUUUAAAUUUGGUACCAAGUUUAGUUGUAAUAUUUUUUGAAUUAGACUGGAAUGAUCCAUUAUUUCAAGAAAAACAAAAUGAAUACAAAGAAAAAAUUGAUGUUGUUCGAACAAAUCUUGAUAAUCGUGCGAGUGUCAUAUCAGUCGUUUUAUUGCAAAACAAAGAUAGUUUUCCCACAGUUGAUGAUCUUUAUAGUACCGAAAGAGAUCAAAAGGCAAAUACAUUAUGUACUUAUUUUGAUAUAACAAAACGUGCACUAUGUGUUUUACCCGUUUUACCACAACCAGAUAAUCUACACGCUUGGAUUGAUAGGUUAGAACAAACAUUCAUUGAAUGGAGUCAAAAUUAUUACACAAAUGAAAUCAAACGUGUCAAACAACAUAAAGAAACGUUAAAUAAAUUAACACAUCAGUUACUUCAUGUAAGACAUCAAUUUAAAAUGGGAUUUUUUGGUGAAUUAAAACAGGAUAUUCCAAGUGCUGUCAAAUCAUAUAAAAGUGCCUAUAGUUAUUUAACAGACAAUGUGAGAAUACAUGAUACAAAUAUACUGGAAAUGAAAAUGGUCGCCGGAUUUUUAACCUAUAAAAUUUGUCGAAUAUCAUUCGAUUUAUCUCAACCUGUUGAAGCCAUAAAUCAUUUUCGUCGUCACUCAGAUAUAUUCAAAAGCAAAAUGGGACCAGUUGAACUUUCAUUUGAACAUAAAGCAUGGUUAUCGAAACAAUUUCAAAUAUUUGCUGAUUUAUUUACACGUUGUCCGCAUGCAAUUCAAACUCAACAUCCCGGUUUUUAUUAUCAAGAAGCAGCAUAUCAAGCAAUGGCACGUAAACAAUUAGCUCAUACAUUAUGUCGUGGUAUUGAACAAUCAAACUAUGAUCCAAGUGAAUUUUUGAAAUCACCUGAAUUUUAUGGACAACGACCAUGGCGUCAACAUCAUCAGAGUGUAGAAAUUGCUGAUGCACAAAAGGAAAAGGAAGGCAUUGCAGCAUUGCAAAAUGUUGAAAUGUACAAUCUUGCUGAAGAAUAUGCCUCAUGUAAAGAAUAUGAAAAAGCAUUAAAGUAUGUAGUUCGUUUACUAAUAAUGGAUGCGACAUAA